UUUCCAGUGUGUGUGGCUGUGGGGCGGCCUUAGGGGCCGGUAACCCCUCCCCGAGGAGGCGAGGCAGGGCCUGAACCCGCCCGAUCCGCGGUGGAGCUCCGAGGGGAGGGGAAGGGAAAGAGGAAGGGGGAAGAGAGCCGAGUGGAGUGGGAAAGGCCAGGGAUUUAGAGGCCGCCGGGCCGCCACAAAGAGGCGGGGAAUCGGCUCGGCCAGCGCCCGGCCGCUGCCCCGCCGGCUGCAGGUGGAGUUCGCGGAGGUGGCCAUUUCCGCAGCCGCCGCCGCCGCCUCCUCUGCGGGAGCCGCCUUCCCCCCGGCCCGAAGGUGGUUGCCCGGGGCGCCGGGGCCCGAGGAGUUCUGGGGCGCCGGGGCCGCAGCUCGCCGGCUAUCCAGCGGCUGCGCCCCGCGCCUCGUCCAUGGCUGAAGGCCGGCGGCGGGAGGACGAGGAGGAAGAGCUGCGCGAGCGCCGCGAGCUUGGUGGCCAACGCCGCGCCCGGGGCCGUGCGCUCUCGGGCCACUCGGCCGCAGAUCGCAACGAACGAAAUAAACCAGAACAUCGUUCUUCAAGCCAAGGACCCUUGUCAUCCAUUAGAGCAGUAAUCAAGAGAUCUUCUCGGACUUCUAUUCAGAGUGAACUUCAUCGAGAUAGAAGGCGCCCAGAGAUCACCAUUGUGGCAGCUGAGCCGCUGAGGCCAGCCUCAUGGUUUCCGGGAACCCCACACCCAGGUCUGGGAUUUCCUGCAUCAUCUGCAGCAGGCCGUUGGAGGCCUAAUGAGCUGGUUCCUGCUGAGCUCCCACCAUCUUAUGAACAAGUUAUAAAAGAAAUCAACCAAGUUCAAGUUAAUACUACAAAUAAUAAUAAUGCUGCUGCCACUCCAAGGCACACUAUUACUUCUGCAACUCAGACUGACUUUUCAGAAGAAAUAGACAACGAUCUGCCUCAAAGUAAUGCAACACUACAGGCACCUCUCAAGCCUCUUCAGCCUUUCCCAGCAGUCUCAUCUGGCAAUCUUCCAACAAAUGUGGCACCGCUAAUAGUCUUUGAUAUUUUUGAAGAACAGAAUUGUCCGGAAAACCCCAGUGCUACAAGAUGUCCAGUGCCAAAACCAAGAUCAAAAAGCAACCUCAGACCAGUUGUCAGAGAUUCUCACAUUAAAGAGCAAAGUCACCAGAAAAUCAGCCCAGCAGCCAUAGGAGAGAAGUCAUCCCCAGGCCGACCCCAGUCUCUGCUGGACAACACUAGCACCUCAGACAGUCAGGCAGUAAUGAACAUUAUGAACACGGAACAAAGCCAAAAUAGUAUUGUUUCCAAAAUCAAAGUGUUUGAGGAUCAGACAACUACAGAAACCUCAGGACUGCCCAAGAAACCAGAAAUUACUCCACGUUCACUUCCUCCAAAGCCUACUGUUUCCUCAGGGAAACCUUCUGUGGCUCCCAAACCAGCUGCUAACAUUAGAGCUUCUGGAGAGUGGGACUCUGGGACUGAGAACAGACUCAAGGUGACCUCCAAGGAAGGGCUCACCCAAUACCCUCCCCUGCAAGAAGCAGGAAGCAUCCCAGUAACCAAACCUGAAUUGCCAAAGAAACCAAACCCUGGCCUUAUACGAAGUGUUAAUCCUGAGAUUCCGGGAAGAGGGUCCCUGGCUGAGAGCUCUGAUAGUGGGAAGAAAGUGCCAACUCCUGCCCCGCGGCCUUUGCUGCUGAAGAAAUCUGUUUCCUCAGAAAACCCCACCUACCCCUCAGCUCCACUGAAACCUGUCACUGUUCCUCCCCGACUCUCAGGGACAUCACAAGCCAAAGCAUACAAGUCCCUGGGAGAAGGGCCCCUGGCCAAACCCCCAGUUCCAGUUCUGCAGAGCAAGCCCUUGGGGGACAUCGAUCUCAUCAGCUUUGAUGAUGAUGUUUUGCCCACCCCAUCGGGGAACCUGGCUGAAGAAUCUGUUGGUUCAGAGAUGGUUCUAGAUCCCUUUCAGCUCCCUGCAAAAACAGAACCAAUAAAAGAACGAGCAGUUCAACCAGCACCCACCAGGAAGCCCACUGUAAUUCGAAUUCCAGCCAAACCAGGAAAAUGUUUACAUGAGGAUCCACAAGGCCCACCUCCUCUCCCUGCUGAAAAACCUAUCGGAAACACUUUCAGUACAGUAUCUGGAAAACUCGGUACUGUUGACAGAACUAGAAACUUGGAAUCCAACCACACAAGUCAAACAGGAGGUUUUGUGCGAGGACCAAGGUUGCCACUGAGACCUGUGAAUAGAAAAGCCAUUCCAACUCAACAACCUCCAACCAAGGCGCCUCCUGAGAGACCACCUCCCCCAAAGCUUUCUGCAACCAGAAUGUCUAAUAAGAAACUGCCUUUUAAUCGAUCCUGUUCCGACAUGGAUCUUCAGAAAAAACAAAGUAACUUGGCAACUGGACUCUCAAAAGCCAAAAGUCAGGUUUUUAAAAAUCAAGAUCCGGUGCUACCCCCUCGCCCCAAACCAGGACACCCUCUCUACAGUAAAUACAUGCUGUCUGUGCCUCAUGGAAUUGCCAAUGAAGAUAUUGUCUCGCAAAACCCUGGAGAACUCUCUUGUAAGCGUGGGGAUGUACUUGUGAUGCUGAAGCAGACGGAAAACAAUUACGUGGAGUGCCAAAAGGGAGAAGACACUGGCAGAGUUCACCUGUCUCAGAUGAAGAUUAUCACUCCACUUGAUGAACAUCUGAGAAGCAGACCAAACGAUCCAAGCCAUGCUCAGAAGCCUGUUGACAGUGGUGCUCCUCAUGCUGUCGUUCUUCAUGAUUUCCCAGCAGAGCAAGUUGAUGAUUUAAACCUCACUUCUGGAGAAAUUGUUUAUCUUCUGGAGAAGAUAGAUACAGACUGGUACAGAGGGAACUGCAGAAACCAGACUGGCAUAUUUCCUGCCAACUAUGUCAAAGUGAUUAUUGAUAUUCCAGAAGGAGGAAAUGGGAAAAGAGAAUUUGUUUCAUCUCAUUGUGUUAAAGGCUUAAGAUGUGUUGCUCGGUUUGAAUAUAUUGGAGAGCAGAAGGAUGAGUUGAGUUUCUCAGAAGGAGAAAUUAUUAUUCUUAAAGAGUAUGUGAAUGAGGAAUGGGCGAGAGGAGAAGUUCGAGGCAGAACUGGGAUUUUCCCCCUGAACUUUGUGGAGCCUGUUGAGGAUUAUCCCACCUCUGGUGCAAAUGUUUUAAGCACAAAGGUACCACCAAAAACCAAAAAAGAAGAUUCUGGCACAAACUCUCAGGUUAACAGUCUUUCUGCAGAAUGGUGUGAAGCUCUUCACAGUUUUACAGCAGAGACCAGUGAUGACUUAUCCUUCAAGAGGGGAGACCGGAUCCAGAUUCUGGAACGUGUGGAUUCUGACUGGUGCAGGGGCAGACUGCAGGACAGGGAGGGGAUCUUCCCAACAGUGUUUGUGAGGCCCUGCCCAGCUGAGGCAAAAAGUACAUCGGCCGUCAUACCGAAGGGGAGGAAGGCCAAAGCCUUAUAUGAUUUCCGAGGGGAAAAUGAAGAUGAGCUUUCCUUCAAGGCUGGAGAUAUAAUAAUAGAGCUGGAAUCUGUAGAUGAUGACUGGAUGAGUGGAGAACUGAUGGGAAAAUCUGGAAUAUUUCCCAAAAAUUACGUACAGUUUCUACAAGUCAGCUAAAGGAGAAGCUUGACUGUGUUCCUUGGCACAAGAACUCACUUGAAGUAUCACCUUGACUAUCAGAUAUGUUUUUGCACUAUUUUUUUUAACUGAAAAAGAAAUAUCUAAGCUGUACAUAGUACACUAGAAUUUUCUGAAAGCAGAAAACUUCUAGAUUUUGUAGUUAGUUUUCAUUACAGUAGAAACAUGCACAUGGAAACCCAUGAGCUAGGAUUCUACCGAGAAAAACAUCUAGCGGGAUUAGCAAGGCAAAGGGAAAGCCUCUGGUGGCAUGGCAGCAUGGGGAGGCUCACAUGCAGCAGUUGCACAUGGACAUCUAUUUUAUUCAGCACAAGUGAAUUAACCAUGCUUCUUCAUUUUUUUACUUUACUUUAAAAAGAGGACAUUUGAUAUUCUACAUGCUGUAUCAGGACAUGAUUAGUAAUCUAAAUUUCAUUUUUGAUAAUUCAAAUUAAUUCUUACAGCUUGAGCAUAUCAGCCUUAUUACCAGAGCAAAUCCUUUUUUCAGGCAGGAUAGUUUACUGACUAGUUGGGGCAUUUGUAAGCACAUUGCAAAAUCAACCCGUGCCUACCAAACAAUCCUUAUGUUGCCAAGUGAUCCCAUUUGUCCAAGGAUUUGAAGGGGGUCAAAAUUGGAUGUAUCUUACUUAGUCUAAAGAAUCACAACCAUCCCUGAAAUGCCUUGCUAAUACAACUAAUCCUUCCAUAUACGUGCCAUACUUAUUUCUUUCCUCAAUGUAUACUUUAUGUUAACAAGAUUAUUACAAAGCAUAUUUUCUGAAUCUGCAAUCAUUCCUUUGACAAUUACUGGACCCAAAGGAAAAUUCAUUUUCUUUGCAUUAUUCCAGUAAUACAUAAAAACUGUGUCUUGUUAUCAUAGUACAUUAUGAAUCACAUAUAAAAUCUUAGAAUACAGAACGACUGUUCAGAUGGAAAGUAGUGCCAAACCUCCACAGCUCAUUUCUUUGUAAUAUAAUCAGAAAGAAAAAUAAUUUAAGAAGACUGGUACUUUUUUUGUUUUAUUUUUUCCAUAGUUCAUCCCUGCACAAUUAUUAGAGUAAAUGAAAAAACAACUUUCCUGCUUUCCAUUCAUAUAAAUUAUAAGCUUAAGAUUUUUAAAAAGUGGCUCUUUACAUUACUGAAUCGAUUACAGUUUAUGGGCUAGAGCCAAAUAGGUUGAAGACAAUCUUCUAAACAGAUCAAUGAAAUAGAAUUUCAUUGGAAAUGUAAAACACUUUCCCAACAAUGUUCAUGAUUUUCUUCUGUUUUUGAGAAGAGUUUCAUAUGCUGGACCACGUUUUAGCUAUUGCUUUUUUUCCCAUUGUCCAAAAAGUUAGGCAACCAAUGGCUACAGUUUUACAUGAAUACCACCUGGAGUUAUGCAAGGAAGGUAAUAUUUACUUUGUCUUUGACUAAAGUUAUCUUCCCAUUCUAUGGUUACAUAUUAUUUUGGACUAUGGAGGCUUACAACAUAUUUUGAUAAAGAAGAGAGCAUAAAAAAAAUUCUUGUCAAAUUUCACUCAAAAGUAAUUUCAUGAGAAGUCAGUGAUUUAAAACAUUAUCCAAAUUCUUAUUUGCAGCAAACUGUACAAUAGCAGGAAGGGUAUGGAAUGGGACAUGAGGUAUAUAUCUUUGCCUUUAUAACUUUAACAUCUUAAAUUGAAGGUUUUGAAAGCCUAUCUUUAUUAGAGGAAAAUCUCCAUCUUAAAUUUUGGCCUUUUGUCACCAGAAUGAUAAGUGCAAUAGUUUUAAAUCUACUUGACACUCUAAUAAACUGAACUGAACUUUCAAAGUC